UGUAUUCCUGUAUUUGUAUGCGGUGUGUGUGUGUUUUUACAUAUGUUUGUGGAUCUGUGCGUGCGCGCUCCUCACCCAGCAUGGAGAAGAUGAAGUCCUUGGCCGUGUGUAUCUCCAAGGCCCGCUGGUCGUCGUACUCGCGCUGGUCGUGCUUGCUAAACUCCUGGAUGAGCCGGUUCAGGUCCUCCAUGCGGGCCGCCGACCGGAAGUCCAACUCCGGCCCGGCGCAGCCGUGGGGCAGCCUGCCGGCGGCGACGACCGCGGUGGGGCUGUUCCCGAGGCUUCCCGUCGAGCCGGCCCGACUGGAGAGAGCUGGGGCGGCCAUGGUUUCAGCGGUCCUUCACACGACGGUGAGCCGAAACGGGCGUCAACGAACGGAACCGACACCAGCUCAGCGCACCCACAAUCACAGCCACAAACAUCAGCUCACACAACAACCGGAACAGAGUACCGCACUUCCGGCGACGGCGCCGUCACAAUAAAAGCUUCCGCUUCAACAGGGCGCGCGUCCAGCGUAUGAAACGUAAGAAAAUGCUGUUCAUACUUUGACCUGCAAGUGUCGCUGUAGUUAUUCCGCCAACCGCGCUCGACAGGGCUUCGCUUCCUGACCCGGAAGUGAACAUUCACUCCAACAUGGCGACGUGGAGGAGUUAUUUCGUUCUGGUGUGCCGGACUGGCGAGGACGUUCUCCGGAGCGUGAGGGGAAGCAGCAGGUGGACUCCCAGCUUCGAGCAGCGUUCCGGCUUCCGGAAAGUCGUCAGGAAGCCGGAAAGCAAAAAAGGGGAGGAUGAACUUGGACACUUGAACUCGUCGGAGGCGGCGUCCCGCCGGCGGACGUCCAGCCCUCACUGGGAAUCGGCGCCGCCUCCGUCGUCCGGCACGCCGCGGGCCUUCGGCCGCCUGGUGCGCCCGCUGCUCUUCACCGUGGGGUUUACAGGCUGCUCCUUCGGCUCGGCGGCCAUCUGGCAGUACGAGUCGCUCAAGUUGCGCGUGCAGAACUACUUCGACGAGCUGCGAGCCGAUUGGCUGGAGAGGGUGCGGCCGCAGAAGCGAGGGGACGUCCGCAAGGAGGUCAACCAGUGGUGGAACAGUUUGAGUGAGGGACAGAGGACGGUCACAGCCAUCGUGGCGGCGAACGUGCUGGUUUUCUGCUGCUGGCGACUCCCGCGGCUGCAGCGCUCCAUGUUCAAGUACUUCACCGCAGACCCCGCCUCCAGUCAGACAAGCUCGUCGUUGGCACUUGAGGAGACCCAUCGAAUGCGUAUUUGCGUUCUUCACGUAUUGUGCGUGUUUGCCUCCAGAGACGUUGUGCUGGCCCAUGCUGCUGUCCACUUUCAGCCACGUGUCCUUCUUCCACAUGGCCGCCAACAUGUACGUCCUGUGGAGCUUCUCCAGCAGCGCCGUCUCCAUGCUGGGGAGGGAACAGUUCGUGGCCGUCUACUUGUCGGCCGGCGUGAUUUCCACCUUCUUCAGCUACGUGAGCAAAAUGGCCAGCGGGCGGUUCGGUCCGUCUCUGGGCGCGUCGGGCGCCAUCAUGACGAUCCUGGCCGCAGUUUGCACCAAAAUGCCCGAAGCCAAACUGGCCGUCGUCUUCCUCCCGAUGUUCACGUUCAGCGCCGCCAACGCGCUGAAGGCCAUCGUCGCCAUGGAUACGGCAGGUUUGGUGCUGGGUUGGAGGUAUUUCGACCAUGCGGCGCACCUGGGAGGCGCCUUGUUUGGCAUUUGGUACAUCCUCUCCGGCCACGAGCACAUUUGGAAGAACCGCGAGCCCUUUGUCAAGUUUUGGCACGAGCUGCGGACCGGUCGCGGCGGCGGAAACGGAGGUGAGCGAGGAGGCUCCGUGUAGGACGCGGAACGGUGGGCCCGACGUGACCGAUACUCGUUGGGAACUUGAGAAACAGUCGCCGCUGUACAGACCAGACCAGACCAGCCAGCCACUUGGUGUAUGGAGAUGUCCCAGCUGAUUUCAUACUUUGUCACUGAAGUCUUGAAAAUGAUGUGUUAUAAGGCGAUUAGUACAAUCUCAUCUCUUUAUUCCUGUCCGGAUUGUCUUGCCAAAAAAGACAAAGAUCUUGCUUCGUCUGUUUUUUGGACUCCCCUUACGUAGGAAUCGGAAGCAAAAGAUUCGAUCUUGACCGCAAAUGUUCUUUGUCUUGAAGGUGGCACAGCCGAUUUGGAAAUCUCUUGACUUCUGUCCCGAUCGUCUUGCCAAAGCGCUAGCCGAGGCAAUCUCGCUUUGUCCGCAGAACCAGAACACGCGAUUCCGAUCAUGGAUCUUCGUGGUUGUAGGGUGAGGGCUUUUUAGAUCAUGAAUUGAAACAAACUACUGUUUAAAUGAGGAUAGGAUGGGAAAAAGUUGAGUUUAGCUUUUUGCUGGAAAACGGCGCUAAUUCUGAAAGUGACAAACGGUGCCGUGAUGCGGCGCAGCACUUUGGCAAGACGCCCGCUCACGCGCAGUCGUCGUUAAUUGACGUUUGGCCUGCUGCUUUGUGUUGUUGAUGGAUUUUUGCGACACCAAUAAAGACGCAUUUG